AGUCUUGGGAAGAUAUUUAUCAAAAUGUGCAUUUUACAAAUGUUUUGCAAUAUUCCCCAUUCACUUUAAAGAGAACUCUGAUGUUUUGCCCUCAACAUGCGCAGUACGGGCUUACUUCCGAGACUACACAAGCGUAGCUGAAGGCGUGUUUGCCUGUCUCGUUAAAUAUGCACGUCUACGGCAGAGAGUCAUGCGCUCACGGUGUACAGAUUAGUUAACUUAGUUACACCAUACUCAUCACACAACAUAUUGAAUAUUUUGAUUCUAAACAGACUGUAUGAAUGAUUUUGGAUGGACUCAUUUGUGACCCAGACAAAGAAACGCAGUGAGUGGAGUAUUCAUUGGGAGAAAGAGCAUCACUGCAAAAAGUUUAAAGCUUGUGAUGAAGAGGAAGGAGAGGAAGAGGAGAGCUCUAUUGAAGAAGAGUUCUCUCACCCUCUCCCUUGGAAGAAGAUUGAAGCAGAGGGACUGGACUGUGACUACGCACAGCUUUUUCCAAAAGAUGAAGCAGACAGGCUUUUUAAACAACUGGAGGAAGAGGUGGAGUAUUUCACAGAUGAGAUGGCUCAGGUUCGUGUGUUUGGGAAGCUCCACAGUGUUCCUAGGAAGCAGGCCACUUACGGGGACCCAGGCCUGAUGUACACUUACUCUGGGGUACAUCAUCUGGCUAGGCCAUGGACCCCCACUCUGGAGUACAUACAUGGGGCAGUCACCAAGGCCACCGGACGCACCUUCAACUUUGUCCUUGUAAACAGGUACAAAGACGGCAGCGAUCACAUAGGCGAGCACCGCGACGACGAGAAGGACCUGGACCCCGGCUUCCCCAUCGCCUCCGUGUCCCUGGGGGCGGCCCGGGACUUCGUGUUCCGGCACGGGGAGGCCCGCGGCCGAAACGCGCGGCGCCAGGUCGACCCGGUGCGGCUGGAGCUGGCCCACGGCAGCCUGCUGCUCAUGAACCCGCCCACCAACCAGCACUGGUACCACAGCCUGCCGGCCCGCAGGAGGGUCCUCACCCCGCGCAUCAACCUCACCUUUCGACACAUCAUCAGUCCGCAAGCACCGGGACCUUCCCAACGACCGAGACCUUCCCAGAAACUGGGACCUUCCCAGUGAGAGACCUUGCCUGUGACUGAGACCUUCCCAGAAACUGUCAUCUUCCCUGGAACUGGGACCUUCCCAGUGACUGAGACUUUCCUAGUGACUGAGACCUUCCCAGGAACUGGGACCUUCCCAGUGACUGAGACUUUCCUGUCAUGUCAUGGGUUUGAAUUAUUGAUGCACUUGUAAAUACAAUUCACCAAGUAGAAAUGUUUAAUAAAUAUUAAAAGGUACCAUUUGGCACAACAGUUAAGGCUAAGUAAGGACAUCUCCACACAUAUGCUUUUGUACUUUUAUUAAUAACUUUAUUUUCAUCAUUUUCAUCUAUGAAAACAGUCAAAAUACACCUGCCAUUGUGACAGAUCACACAAAAUAUAUAUAUAUAUAUAUUAAAAACACAGUAGUGCAAUUGGCUUGCUAGACAGUUAUAUGCAGGAGAAUUUCUCUUGUUUUAGGAUAAUACUGAAAGGAUGAAAACAGUGGGCAGUAUUUCUACAUUCAGGAAGUAGUGCGUUAAAUACUGUGGAAAAAACACUGAUCAGCAAGGGACUUGAUGUUCAUUCUAUGCUAGAUCAACUUCACGCAAAUUUGGCAAAAUUUGACUACACUUCAAUCACCUGGGACUGAACGAAUAAAAAAAUAAUUUUUUUUUAUUUUUUAAAGAUUUUCAUCAAGGACUGACUGGCUUCAGACUGGUCACACAAGGUAUUCCGGAUGCAAUCACGUUCUCUUUGAACGGUGAAAUGAUUAUCUUUCCGAUGAAAACGCAACGAUGACGACAGUUUUAUCACACACAAACAGCACAGGCAGCUGAGGUGCACAGGCAGGACAGGCAGGCUCACAGGAAGAGGAGUCGAUCACUUCCUGUACAGCGUGGACUACAAUCAUGGAGGAAUCACGACACUUGUUCACCAGGCGGAGAUAAACAUUGUCCCGCAGACACACCACUAGAGGCAAAGAGGAAUUUUUUUUUUCGGUCUGUUUGAAAGGCUCUGGCCUCCUCCUCGGACACGAUCACAGCGAGACCUUCAUUUCUCGAGCCCUCCGUGUAACUGUGGCCGAGCAUUAUGGGUAAUAUCUGUCGUGACUCAGCUACGUGAAAUUCAUGGCGAGAAACCCUCCCCGUUUGCAAUCGAGUGACGCAUUUAGCUGUCUUGCGCUUGAGUGCAGUACAUUAUUCCUGCUCUUUUGAGAAAAAAUUAAUACUAGUGUACCUGAUGUAGUGAUCAAUUCAGAGAAGGAAAUCAUUUAUAA